AUGUCAACCACAAAUCCUUUAUACCAAAAAUUUAUAACUAACUUAGAAAAAAAAGGAUUUUUUAAUGAUUGUACUCAGUCACAAAGAGAAAUUAAAAUGAGAACUGCUCAACAAUAUUUUGAUACUCAUUACAGUAAAAAAUGCCAUUUUGUUGGAAUGAAACCAAAUGAACAAACUACGGAUAUUCAAAAGAAGGCUGAUGAACAUAAAUUAAAAGGAAAUGAAUAUCUAAAUGCUAAAGACUAUUCCAAAGCAAUAGAUGAAUAUACAAAAGCAAUACAAUUAAAUCAAGCAGCAGUUUAUUAUUCUAAUCGUUCUGCUGCUUAUUGUUCAAUUGAAGAAAAUGAUUUAGCAAUUGAAGAUGCAAAAAAGGCAAUUGAACUAGAUCCGAAUUAUGCUAAGGCAUAUGCUCGUUUAGCUAUUGCCUUAACAAAAAAACAUAAAUACACUGAAGCACAAAAGGCAAUAGAAGAUGCUCUUAUUAUUGACCCAAAUAAUGUUGUUUUUAAAAGUAAUCUUGAACAAAUUAAAUGUCUUAUUCAAAAUCAACAACCUCAAGUUUCUUCUUCUAACCAACAACAAGAACAAAAAGAACAACAACCCAAAGAAGAAAAUAUACCUAAAAAUACUGAAGAAAAAAAAGAUUCUCAUGAAACUCAUUCAAACGAACAAGAACACUCACAAAAUACUAGACAUGAAGAACCAAAUCCUUUCGCUAAUAUCUUUAGUAAUUUAGUUGGUUCUACCCAAGGAAACCAAGGAACAAAUCCUGGAGCUAUUGAUAUUAGUUCAUUAAUGGGAAUGUUUGGAGGUCAAAAUGGAAUGUCUUCAAUGGCUCGUUCAUUAUUAAAUAAUCCAUCAAUGAGACCAAUGAUUGGAAUGGUUGCUCAAAUGAUGGGAAUGUCAGUUGAAGAAUUACAAAGACUAAUAAAUGAAGAAGCACAAAAUGAAAAUUCGAAUCAAAACACUUCACAACAAAACCAAACACCACCACCUGGUUUUGUUUAA